UCCAAAGAGUCACUUCCGCCCUGGGCACGGCCCAGGCCAUGCCCAGCUGCGUGACCGCGGUUGACGGUUUGUGAGUGUGCGGAUUCUUAUCUCUGGUAACUGGACUCAGGAAGAUCUCUGCUGAGCUGUUUCAGGUUUCUCGCUGAUCUCCCGAAAAUGACGGCGUCUUGCUCCUGUCGCAAGGCACCCCGCUACCGCUGCGAGAGUCCCUUUUCUUCUAGGUGCUUCUUUGGGAUUCUUUUGGUGGCGCUACUGCUCCUGCUUCCCAUAUCUUCCGAUGCCUGUGGUGAGCCACCAAGGUUUGAAACUAUGCAGCUCCGGGAUGUUCCUAAACCCAGUUAUAACCCUGGGGACAGGAUAGAUUAUGAGUGUCGCCCAGGUUACCAGCCCAAGCAUCCUUCUCUUCCCACCUCUGCUGUUUGUCAGGCUGAUAAUAUGUGGUCACUUCUCCAGGAGGCCUGUACAAGAAAACAGUGUCCUAACCUAGGGGAUCCCACAAAUGGCCAAGUACAGUACCCAAAUGGAAGUAUUCUGUUUGGCUCACAGGUUCACUAUGUUUGUAAUGAUGGUUAUUUCUUAAUUGGACCAAGUAUUCUAUACUGUGAGAUUUCUGGAAGUACUGUGAACUGGAGUGAUAAUCCUCCAAUAUGUGAAAAAAUUUUGUGUAAACCACCUGAAAAAAUUCUAAAUGGAAAAUACACAAAUAGCCACAAGGAUGUAUUUGAAUACAAUGAAGUAGUAACUUAUAGUUGUGAUGCUUCAAAUGGAACAGAUCCAUAUUCACUUGUUGGAGAGAGCAAGCUUGUUUGUAUUGGAAAUGACAAAUGGAGUCGUGACCCUCCUCAAUGUAAAGUGGUCAAAUGUGUAUAUCCAUAUGUUGAAAAUGGAGUGAUAGUCUCAGGACUUCGACCAAAAUUUUACUACAAAGCGACGAUUGUAUAUAGAUGCAACGAGGGUUUUAAGCUUAAUGGCAGCAACAAAAUUGUCUGUAGUGCGAACAGUACUUGGGAGCCUGAGAUACCAACAUGUAUUAAAGAGUCAACUACUCCUAGUACCCAGCCUCCAAUUUCCAGUGCCUCAGUGUCAACUCCUCCCAGUUCCCAACCUCCAAUUCCCAGUGUCUCAGAUUCCAAGCCUACUCAUCCAACUACGACUCUGGGAUCAAGUCAUCCAGGAUAUCCCAGUCCCAGUGAUGAAACACCACCUAAAGAUGCUGAGAGUUUAGGUGCAGGAAUCAUUGUUGCAAUUGUCAUUGGUGCACUUUUUGGCGUUGGAGUAGUUGUCUGCGGCAUCUGCUUCUGUUUUUGCAAAAAGAAGAAAGGGUCGCGGUAAAACUGAUUGGGUUAAACUAAAAGUUGCUGAGAGGGAAAGAAGGUAUUGCUACAUACAGUGCUUACCAGGAUAAGGCAACCACUCCAGCAGAGUAGAUGAACUAAAUGGUUUCCACAAACCCAUGUAUCAUUCAGCCAUGAAAAUGAAGGAAAUCCUGCCAUUUGAGACAAUACAGAUGGACCUUGAGGGCAUUAUGCUGGGUGAAUAAGUCAUAUAAAGAAAGACAAGUACUGUAUGAUCUCACUUAUAUGUGUAAUCCAAAUAACCAAGCUUAUAGAAAAAGAAAUCAGAUUUGCCUUCAUCAGAGGUGGUGGGCUGGGGGUGGUGGUUGAGUAAAGGUGGUCAGAAAAUAUAAACUUCCAAUUAUAAGAUAAAAAGGUACUGGGAUGUAAUGUACAGCGUAGCGACUACAGUUAGUAACACUGUAUUGUAUAUUGGCAAGUUGCUAAGAAAGUGGAUCUUAAAACUUCUAAUCACACGGAAGAAAAAAAAUUUUUUGUAGGUUCGUGAAGUGAUGGAUGUUAACUAAAUUUACCGUGUAAUCAUUUUGCGAUAUAUACAUGAUCAAAUCAUGCUGUACACCUUAAACUUAUGCAGUGUUAUAUGUCAGUUAUAUCUCAAUACUGAAAGAAAAAAAAUCUAUAAAAAUUAUUUGCUAGUUUCUUACAUUGUCAGGAAUGGAACUGUUAAGCCAUAGUGCUAACAUUUUAAUGUGGCUUAAGUAUAGUCACCAUCCUUUAAUGCUUCUUUGAAAUGUGUAUGAAUUUGUGUUUGAAUAUCUUGCUUGUUUUUCCUUAAAUAACACUUGUAUUUAUAGGGCAAGUCAACACAGUAUCCCCACUAGUGUUAAGGUGGGGAAAUAGUUUUUCUAUAAAAUCUCCAAACUCAGAGAAAUAUAAUUCAAAAUGACAUUACAUUUCAUUUGUAAAGAAAGUGAUUUUGAAAUCUUUUCUGUUCAAAGAUGAUUGCCAACUCUUAAGAUUCAUUCUUCAACAGUCCCAAAAUAUGCAUUAUAUAUUGUUUAUUAUAAAAGUUUGAUUUCCUUAACUAAGAAUAUUACCGGAAAAUACUCUUACAGUUAAUAGGUUAAAAUACUAUUUUUAAAAAUUUGUAACCUCUUGGUGAUUUAGAGACGCUAUAAAGUUUAUUUCUGGCAUUUGUUCUUCGCCCCUUUUAAUAACAAUAAACCAGUCUAAGAAAUCCAGAAGAAUUCAGCAUCAGUUGCAUGCUUCUGUACAAAGUUAGAGGGCUCUAACACCCAUAGCAGGAAUGCCAGCUCAGGACAAAGUGAACACUGUGGGCUUGUAGUUUUCUUAAAAAGAAUUCCACUCUUUAAGAGAAUUAGAAUCCACUCUAAAUUCUGUUUUUCUCUCCCCACCUGAAUAAAGAGCUGUCUUACUUUAAACAUGUCAUCUGAAUGUAGGCAGUUUUGUAGGGAAUAAAUUCAUCAGAUAACCUCAAGUUGCAUCAGAAUCUGAGUCUCACCUCAUCUGCAAAGGGCAGAGUAAAAAUGAAGCCCCAUAUUUCAGAAAAGCAAACUUAACUCUGUGGAUUUGCUGUAGGUCAUGCAAAGGGACAGGAAGAGGAAACAGCAAAGGUAGCUGUUGACGCUCAGGUGGGACAGAUCCCAGCCCUCUUCUCUGUCCUCACACCAGGCAGCGCCUCCUUCAAAUGAGCCAGCGGCCAAAGAGGAGGGACUGUCUCUCUAACUCCAAUUACAUUUUUACAUGUUUUGUUUCACACUUUUAUAGUUAGUAGCACAAAUUGGGCCAAAGAAACGUUGCCUUAGAAAUAUAUGAAUAAAGAAUCAAGAGUGAACCAGAGUAAAUAUUGUUUUACUCCCUAAGGACAUAUUUGUAAGGCCAUGUAAGUGGUCCUUCCCUUUGUAGUCUCUGAUGAGGCACUUUAGGAAGAUAAAUUUGAGGAGAAUAAAUUCAGGAAUUCUGAGAUAAAUAUAGAGUUGAAGUUUUGCUGUACCCUUUUCCACAUAAUUUUCGAGAAUCUAGCACUUGCUUAGAAGCAAGGGGGUGGCUCUAGUACAUAUUUUUAAAACCCUCAAAGAAGUGUUUUCAACCAAAGAUUAUUAUGCUUACCAAAAUAAAUUGACUUUCAUAGUAUAGUUUCCACUUCAAAAUUAGUUUUUCUAAUUUAAUAUAUUUAUAUGUAAGAUUGAAAUAUGUGUGUACAUAUAAAUUAUGUUCUGUUUGUCAAAUAAUUUGUCAAUUAAAUAUAUGGGGAUACCAUUUUUCUCUAGAAAUGUUUACCUAAAUGAGAGAGGGAAAAGUGUAUUUGAAUUUAAAGGUUUCUUAAAACUGCAUUUUGAGAAUUGGACCUUCAGAUCUAUUAAAAAAAUAAAAUGUCAUUAUGGAGAAGUUUCAUUUGUGAUAA